AUGAAUGUGACGCCUGUAGUAGAAGAACCCCGAACCAAUGAACCCCAGCCUACAUUCAACCACCCCCAAGCUAUCAGCCAAGAAAUCGGAGAAAGGGGGCGAAGAGCAGGAGGAGAAGAAGAACCAGAGGCUAGAGUUCAUGGAAGAAGGGUGAGGGAGCUUAUAGAGAACGAUGAGGCGGACAGUUAUUCUGCCGGAACAACCAGAAGAACGGGAAGUGAAGCUGGGGAAGAAGAAUACCGUCUGGAGAAGAGAGACCUAGACAGGAGGAAGAAAGUGAGCUUUGGAGAUUUAGCCAACGCCUUUGUCAGCCGGUUCAUAGCCGGAGUUCCGGCUGACAGGAAGACCAGUUAUCUAGAAACGGUCAGGCAGAGAAGGGACGAAUCGUUAAGGGAGUAUGUGGCCCGUUUUAAUACGGAAGCUUUACAGAUCCCCGAGCUGGAUGAGGGGAGAGCGGUGGAGGCCAUGCAGAAGGGGACGACCUCCCCUGAGUUUUUCGGCUCAUUAAGCAGAAAGCCCCCCACCACGCUGGCAGAGCUGAUGAAGAGGGCGGAGAAAUACAUAAGGCAAGAUGACGCCCUGGUGACGAGUAGAUUCGCCAAGGGGGCGGAAGACAAAGGAAAAGCCCCCGAAGAAAGGAGAUCGGAGAGGCAUGAGAAGAAACAGGGUAAGAAACCUGAGCCCUACAGGCAACCCUGGGACCGGAGAGACCAGAGACCUUUCCCUCCUCGGGUUCCAGAAAAAAAGCCAUUCCCUCCACGUAUUCCGGAGAACCUGACCCCGCUCAAUGCAUCCAGAGCUGAGUAUCAUUGCACCCACGGCCAUGAUACCAACAACUGCUACCGGCUGAUUAGUGAGAUCAAAAGGCUGAUCAAGAGGGGACACCUCAGGAACUUUGUGAAGAAGCCAGAGGGGCAGAGGCCUCAACCGAACCCAGCAGCACAAGCACCCAGGAGGACGGGAGUAGGGCCGGUGAAUGAUGGCUCCAGUGGAACCAUCAACAUGAUCGUUGGGGGGAUCGGAGGUCGGAUGAGCCGAAGGGGAAAGAAGAGAGGCCGAGAUGGGGAAAGCAACAGCGCAGAAGUCAUGCAGGUAGUUGAGCACUCUCCAAUAACUAUCACCUUCUCUUCGGAGGAUGCCCAGGGGGUUCAGAUGCCUCAUGACGACGCCCUUGUUAUUGAAGCCGUCAUCCACAACUACCGGGUUAAGAAAAUUUUGGUGGAUGACGGGAGUAAGGUGAACUUGCUACCGUACCGGGUCUUCCAGCAGAUGGGAAUCCCUGAGGAGCAAUUGGUUCAGGACCAAGCCCUAGUCAAAGGGAUCGGGGGAGUCCCAGUACCUGUGGAGGGGAAAGUAAAGCUGGCCCUCACUCUAGGAGAAACGCCAAGAACUCGCACUCAUUAUGCGGUGUUCUUAGUAGUCAAACUCCCCCUGAGCUACAACGCAAUACUGGGAUGA